CCCUCUCCUUUCUCCCUCUCAGAACCUUCCUGCCGCCGAGUUCGGACCUCGCUGCUCCAGCCUCCGGGCCCCGUCCCAUCCUUCCAGCCUGCGACCAGCAGCAGAGAAAAACUAAUUACAUAUCAUUUUCUUGCCCCGUACACACUUGUGAGGCGAGCAAAAAGAUUACAAUAAAUUUUAAAAAUGAGGGAAAUCGUGCACAUCCAGGCCGGUCAGUGUGGCAAUCAGAUCGGUGCCAAGUUCUGGGAGGUGAUCAGUGAUGAACAUGGCAUCGACCCCACCGGCACCUAUCAUGGGGAUAGCGACCUGCAGCUGGACCGCAUCUCCGUGUACUACAAUGAAGCCACAGGUGGCAAAUAUGUUCCUCGUGCUAUCUUGGUGGAUCUAGAGCCUGGGACCAUGGACUCUGUUCGCUCAGGGCCUUUUGGUCAGAUCUUCAGACCAGACAACUUUGUUUUUGGUCAGUCUGGGGCAGGCAACAACUGGGCCAAGGGCCACUAUACAGAGGGGGCCGAGCUGGUUGACUCGGUCCUGGAUGUGGUUCGGAAGGAGGCUGAGAGCUGUGACUGCCUGCAGGGCUUCCAGCUGACCCACUCACUGGGCGGGGGCACCGGCUCUGGAAUGGGCACCUUGCUCAUCAGCAAGAUCCGUGAAGAGUAUCCUGACCGCAUCAUGAACACCUUCAGUGUGGUGCCCUCACCCAAAGUGUCCGACACUGUGGUUGAGCCCUACAAUGCCACCCUCUCCGUCCAUCAGCUGGUGGAGAACACUGAUGAGACCUACUGCAUUGACAACGAGGCCCUUUACGACAUCUGCUUCCGCACCCUCAAGCUGACCACGCCAACCUACGGGGACCUGAACCACCUCGUCUCGGCCACCAUGAGUGGUGUCACCACCUGCCUCCGCUUCCCUGGCCAGCUCAAUGCUGACCUCCGCAAGCUGGCAGUCAACAUGGUGCCCUUCCCACGUCUCCACUUUUUCAUGCCUGGCUUUGCCCCUCUAACCAGCCGUGGAAGCCAGCAGUAUCGGGCCCUCACUGUGCCGGAGCUCACCCAGCAGGUCUUCGAUGCCAAGAACAUGAUGGCUGCCUGUGACCCCCGCCAUGGCCGGUACCUCACCGUGGCUGCUGUCUUCCGUGGGCGGAUGUCCAUGAAGGAGGUGGAUGAGCAGAUGCUCAACGUGCAGAACAAGAACAGCAGCUACUUCGUGGAAUGGAUCCCCAACAAUGUCAAGACGGCUGUCUGCGACAUCCCACCCCGUGGCCUCAAGAUGGCGGUCACCUUCAUUGGAAACAGCACAGCCAUCCAGGAGCUGUUCAAGCGCAUCUCAGAGCAGUUCACUGCCAUGUUCCGCCGGAAGGCCUUUCUCCACUGGUACACAGGUGAGGGCAUGGACGAGAUGGAGUUCACCGAGGCUGAGAGCAACAUGAAUGACCUCGUCUCCGAGUACCAGCAGUACCAGGAUGCCACCGCAGAAGAGGAGGAGGAUUUCGGUGAGGAGGCCGAAGAGGAGGCCUAAGGCCGAGUCCCCAUCACCUCAGGCUUCUCAGUCCCCUCCGCCUUCUUCCUCAACCGCCCCUUUCCUCUCCCUCAGAAUUUGCGUUUUCUGCCUCUGUCUUUUUUUUUCUUUUUUGGGGGGGGGGUUCUAGAACAGUGCCUGGCACAUAACAGGCGCUCAAUAAAUAUCUGUUGUUUGUUGAA